AUGAAGUGGACGAAAGAAAUCAUCCGCGCGCGAAAUACCCUCCUCAGAAAGCAUUAUGCGCAAUUCGACGGUCUUCUUGAAGAUGGACCGGAGUGGAAUACGCUCGCCCGUUCCGGAACAGUAUGGGACAAAGUCUACCAGAUACGAAAUGCAGCACCCUGGAGAGAUGCGCAACACCAAAUGCGUCGAGAACUUGCAUACUUGGAUACGCUGCGAAAAGAUUUCCAGCUAAGAGCUGAGGACACAUCACCAUCAAAGACCAUGCAAGAUACUACAGUUCUAUCGUUAGCGACCGCAAAGAAGGUCGAAGCGGCCAUACCAUUGCAAAAAGACGGUGGAAGCGCGUUGCUCAACGCGAUGAAUUUGCGGCUUCCAUCCUCGAGCGAGUUGAUAAAACUCGACAACGGCGAGGAGUCCAAGGAGAUAGAGUAUCUCGAACUGCGCAACAACAUUGUUGCACUACAGGCUGUACUAUCGAGUACCUAUAUCGAGCGAGCAUCAACCCCGGAGAACCUCCUAGAGGACAUAAGGAUCAUAUCGAGGAUACUGUUUCGAGGUAUGCAAAUGCCAUUCAAGGCUGGCUUAAUCCGCCACAUGCCAGUCCAGGUUCACUCGAACCCAAAGGCCAUAUUCCCCUAUCCAGGCGAAGUCGAGGCGAAUCUGGAGCGGUGGUCGAAGUUUGCUGCGCACGACCAAGAGGGCAUACAUCCUCUGAUAAAAGGUGUAUGGGACACUCUGUACUACGUCAGCGUCCAUCCAUUCCCAGAUGGCAACGGCCGAACAUCACGCCUUUUGUUCGCUACACACGUCGCCAGGCAUGGCAUGAUCCCUGCUAUAUGCACCGACGGGCUCUCAACAGAGCAGUACCUUAAGAAUGUGCACAGCGCCAGGACAGAUGCGCUCCCAUGGUGCAAGGAUGUGAUCCUCGCGCAAAUCGACGUGCUGGAGAAACAACGGUGA